AUGGCUGAUAAACUCGCGAAGAUUCUUCUACGUCGAAGCAUCGAAUUAAAUCGACUUAUCGAAACAUUGGGCUGUGGCCGCAGUCUCACCACUGCACCUGAAGACGAAUUGGUUUUUGUCGCACGUGCUGGUGAUAUAGAAAAUACUUACAGACAAUUUCAAUUAUUGCAUAAUCAAGUUAUUGGUUUAAUUACCGAGGAAGAGUUUGAUGAGCAUGAUCGUACUCGCCAACGGGCAGAUAGCGCGUAUUUUUCUACAAAAGUAAUUCAUCAGAGAAUCAAAGAUUCUCAUAUUACUGAAGAACUACCUACUACUCUCGAGUCUCCAAAGUUGAGCAAAAUUAUGUUACCAACAUUUACUGGUGAUUUCAAAGCAUGGCCAAGUUUCUUCGAUUUGUUCCGCUCCAUGGUGCACGAAAAUAAAUCCUUUUCGGAUGUUAUUAAAUAUCAAUAUUUAUUGAUGUCAUUAUCUGGUGAGCCAUUACAACUCAUCAAAGGGUUGCCUAUGACGAAUGACAAUUACCCUAUCGCGUUUGAGAUGCUUAAGAGUAGGUAUCAAAAUAAAAGGCAUCUUGCCACACUGUACUACAACGAAAUACAGGGCAUAACAAUAAAAGAAGAGGGUUCCGCUAAAGCCUACCGUUCAUUAAUCGACACAUUCACAGAAAAUGUGGAAGGGCUCAAGACUCUCGGAUUUCCUGUUGAUUCAUGGGAUUUCUUAUUGUUCAAUAUCCUAUUACAAAAAUUAGAUACUUCGAUUAAAACCAAAUUUGAAGUUGAACAUUGCACGUUUGAAAUACCUACAUAUUCGCAGUUGAUAACUUUUCUGGAAAGUCAAGCUAAAGCAUUAGACUCUGUUAAGCUUACUUCAUCAAACUCCAAAAAUAUAAAACCUAAUCUCACUCGUCAAUCCAAGCCCAAUUCAGCAAGCUUCGCCACUGAAACACAAUCUAAGCCAAGUAAUUUUAAUUGUCCUUUAUGCAACGAUGUUCACAAUUUAUACAAGUGUUCAACGUUUCAUGGCAGAACACCCGCACAACGAUUUGAAUUUGUCACUAAGACCAAUCUUUGCAAAAACUGUUUAGGCUGUCGACACUCCACCAGUAAAUGCAAUUCUACGAAUGCUUGUCGUAUCUGUAAUAAACGUCACCACACUUUAUUACAUCUGAAUAACCCAAUGAAUGAGAAUACUUUAACAUCUAACAUGCCAUCACAAUCCCCAUCGAAUACAACUGUUGGAUCUGCGUUAAAUUCCNGAUAG